AUGAAGCCCUUCUCUCUAAUCAAGGCUACUACCGUCGUCCUGAGCCUUACCGUUCGCCAAGCAUCCGCCAGUCGGAUCGAAUACGCUGUGUGCCAGGCAGGCUGCGCUUCGCUCGUGAUGGCAUGCUACACUGCAGCCGGUUUUGUGUGGGGGACUGUAGGUAGGGAUACAGCAUCACAGGCUAUUCUUUUCUGUAAUGCUGCUUUUGGGAAGUGUUCGGCUGCGUGUGCGGAGGCGACGUUGUAA